UGUGUGCAGUGCUGGACUUGCACCGUUGAACGAUGUGGACACCAGCUACGAAAUGAAUUCAAACAGCAGCUAUGUGAUGAAUGCCAGUGGUGCGGACACAUCGAGCCCGAGUAAAAAGCGAAAGUUGUCGAGCCAAGAUUUGCCCGGUCCUUCGUCGUACAAAUCAAGUGAUACACCCAUGUCGGAAUUUUAUCAAUCAUUACUCGAAUCAUCGUACCAAGAUGACUUGAACACAACUUCACAACUGAGCGAGGAAGAGAUGAUACAUAAGGCACUACAAAUGUCCCGGCUUGAGUUUAUGCAAUCGAAGGCAAUUUAAAUCAAAUCCUUCAAUUCACCAAACCUAAGGGAAAUUUGUCAUCGCAUAGCAUUCGCCCUACACAAAACACAUCAAAAAAGGACAGCACCAACUUCAAACAGCUGCCUCACUAACAUGAAAUAAAUGAAUAAUAUAAAUAUUAGUCUAAAUAUUAAUGGUAACUCUAUUGAAGAGAGAGAAAAUGAAACACACCGAGAAUGAGAGAUAAAGUUUAAAAAUAAGAUAGAGAGAGAGAGAAAAAAAUCAACUUCUUCCACACAAAAAAACGCUGAAAUAAAAAGAAACAAAAAUACGAAAAAAUGAACAAGCAAACAUUAGCUAUUUUAUCGGGAAGUAAGAAUGUACAGAGAAACAUAAAAAUUCUGACGAAGCAAAAGAAAUUUAUUUUGUAAAUCAAACGAAAGUUUAAAGCGCGAUGCCAGAAAUUUAUCCACACAAUAUCUUUUCGUAUAAUUUUUUUUUUUAAUUUCGUUCACAAAGUUUGGAAAAUAUCGCUUAUUUUUUAUGUUUCACGUAACGAAAAAAAAGCGAAAAUCCAAAUCUGAAUAUUUCCACAUUUCGAUCCACAAAUCGAUGAAUUUAAAACAAAAAAAAAACAGAACAAAUUAAAAAGCUAUGAUAUUUGAUCAGUAUGCAUCGGCAAACUAGAUGUGUUCGUGAAUCAUUUUUGUUUUCGGUCGUUUUUGUUUCACUUCUCAUUUUCAUUUAGGUUGGGUUUAAAAAUUAAAUUUGAAGCCACAAUAAAAAUGUGUUUAAUCAUCAGGAUGGAAACUAAUCUUAACGGAAAAUAAAUUGUGCAUUUUCGUUGGUAAUGAAAACAACAGAAAAAAAACCACCAGCAAACGCAUUAGCUAUCAUUUGUACAUUUGGAUUUAGUGGCGGGCGAUAAGAAGCAGGAAAAAAGACAUUCGUUUUAUCGGGGAUGGCUUGGAUAUGCAAUCUGAGGCGGAAGUGUAAGUAUUUUCUCUUAAAUGUCGUUUCUUCAGUAUGACCAUCACCGAAACGGCCGACGAAGUAAGCAAGCGACCAUCCAACCAACCAAACAAGCAAGGAAACAUGUAAACAUCAUGGGCAAAAACGAAAAUCAUCCGCUUGCAACAAAUGGGCUAAUAAAAUACACCCGUUUAUAAAUCUUUUUGAUGUUUUUUUGUAUUCCUUCUUUUCUCAUUCCACGCUUGUAAUCGCAUUCCUUAUCUGUGUUUAAGCACGCACAAAACAAGACAAUCUAUGCCCACCACCACCCCUGGUGCUACACAUAAAUAAGAAACGGAAUGAAAUAUACACACAAAUAUAUGUAGAUUUGAAACAUGGAGCAGCAGCAGCAGCAGCAGCAGCAGCAGCGGCAGCAGGAAUGUUUCUCAGUCUCGUCGAAAUGUGAAAAGUCAAAAUAUCCGUGUAUGCAUUAGUUAUGCGCAUGCCAAACAGCUAUCCAUGUCCUCCAAUAUAAUGUGAUACACAUACACACAUACACACAUCCGGACCCUUUCGAAGUGCUGAUAAAACCCAUGUGUACACACAUUCGCUGGUUGUGUUUGUUGGUCGAUGUUGUCGUGGUGUUGGUGUGGAUUUUCCGUGCUUUAAAUGCUCCCCAAACGAAUUGCAUAUCGGUUUUGGGCUAAAGCUGUAUAGGUAUUACACGAACAACAACAACAACGACAACAGCGUUGAAGCAUAAACAUCAGUUUUUGGCUUGGUUUGGAAAAUUUUCGAAGCAGGAAAAUUCUGUGUGUGACGACGACAACGGUGUGUGCUAAGCUACUCUCCCACAAACGAAACGGGGGCCUCUUGUCGAAAUCUCACUGUGGGAUUCAUUUUUUAUCGUGGCCAAUAUUAAAAACAAAAAUUUCCACUCUUUUUCAUUAUUGUUGCCACUGAAUCGAAUGAGGAAACUCAACAUAUCAAAAUAUCAAACGUUGAUGGUAUUGUAAACAUGAUAAAAUAAGUGAUUUGUGUUUUAUUUUUUCUUCGAACGAAUUGAGUGUAUAUUGUGAUUUUCAUUCCAAACUCUUUUUUCUUUUCGUUCGUGUUGUUCAUCAAGUUUUUUCCCCUCUGUGUACCCAAGUCGUUCGCUGUCAAGUUGAAUGUGUUGCGCAAAAUAAUUGUUUCAACGCACAAAAGAAUUCUCGUUCAGCCGAUGAUUUUCUUUUGAAUAUCGACAACAACAACCACAAAUGCAGCGAGCACUUUUUGCACAAAAGCAUAAGAAACAAUUGGAAUUUAAAGUGCGUUGACGUCGAAAAAGAACCAAUAAAUUGAAACACAGAGAUUGAGAGAGAAAGAGUGAGAAAAAAGCAAUUUUAAGCAGCCGAAUUAAGGCUGCACAGGAAAUGUGACAGGAAGGAGAGCAUGAAGAGAAAACUAAGAUCGAAAUUUUAUGCAAAUCAUUAAAUGCAUUGAUUUUCAUUUUUGACAUUAAUUCAUAAACGUAAAACGAACGGGAAAACAUUUGGUUUUCUUCCAAUGCGUCGAAUGCAAAUGAGUGAAUAAAGUUUUAGUCUUUGCGGACAAAAAGAGAGAAACUAAAUUAAUUUAUUAUCGGAGCAUAUCCAAAAAACGACUGAUUUUACAUACAGAAACCAUCUACGUAAGCGCGCAUAGAGCGAAAAGUUAAAAAAAAAGUAAUACGAAGAAAAAUCAACAGAACACACAGUGAUAGAACGUGUCAUAGGCAGACAAACAAUUGUGUUGAUUGACGACACAAGUGCGUUUGGCUGAAGGAAAAAGCCAUCAAGAAAUACAUUCGGACGAAAGAGAAAUUGUCUCAAAAUUGCAUAGCAGCAAACAUGUUCAACCAAAUGUUUGGUUUGAUUGGCCGAAAAUUGUCCGCACAUCUAUUGACGACGUGCAUUUUUUUUAUACUAAUCCUCGUUGUGUUGAUCGGGGGUGCAAUCCAAGUGAUAUCGUCAUUGGCAUUUAGUGCAUAUGUAGAAAAUAGUCCACGCGAAUCGUCAUCAUCAACACGAAAUUCAGCCGUUUCGUCCACAUCCGAACCGCUGUCACUGAUGCUUGACGGUGAAACGGACACCGUGUUCGGUGCUGCGUUACGAUUCAACAAGAGCGCCAGCAAUGGAUAUGUAAAUCCGAGUAAAUCACAAAACGGAAUUUAUGCAUCAAUGAAAAAUGAUCGCGAUAAAUCGAAUGCGGCUCGCAACAGUUUUUCGAAUACAAAAAUCUUGUACAAGGCAUAUAAUGGAUUGAGCGGUGGUGUGGAUGUGAUGGAUAAAUCAUCAGCAUCAUCAUCAUCAUCGGCCACAGCCUCAUCGUCGUCGUCAUCAUCGUCGGCCAAUGGCAAAUCGAGAACAAUCAAUUCAACGGUAUACAAAAGUGUGACACCAUCGAUAACCGAUCGUGUGAUUGCCGAUUUAAAGAAGGAAGAAUAUUUGAAUCAGCAACGAUCGAAGCUGGGCAUUGAUGGUGAUGGCAUCGAAGUGGGCGAAAAUGAUGAAGCCAUUUACAUUGAUGGUGAUGAUGAAGAGGAAGCAAAUACACCGAGCAGCACCAUCACGGAAAUUGAGACAAGUAUCGAAAAAUUACCCGAUGAUUCGAUGUCCGAAUUGAAAUCCAACUCGGCAACCGCUGACAAUGCAAAACAAAAGAAGGUACCACAAACAAUUGUCGGCUUUGUCGAUAUUAGCGAUACGGAUAGCAGUGAAGCAGUAGAUAUAGAUGAUGAAGAUUAUGAUGAUUAUUUUAACAGCGGCAGCGGUGAUUUUAGCAUUACGGACUGGGUUGCGACGACAAUUGAAAAAAUCAAAGCCAAAAAGCUCAACAAGCAAGAGCGCAUUCUAAAAAGUUUCGCCGACAAUUCGUAUGGGAUGGGUGAUAGUAGCCAGGAAAUGGACGUUGAAGACGAUCAAAAUAGUUAUUCGGGAUACAACAGUGGUGACGAGCAUCAUGGCCAAAAGUACGAUCUAACACCAGAAAAAUGGGAAGAGCGCGAUAAAUUGUUUGUUAAAACGAUGAACGAUCGCGGUUUUGUCAUCGAACAAAUUGUCGAGGAUGGUAAAUGAGGGCAAAAUAUUUAACAAAAUUUAUUAAUUUCGAAAUUUCGAUUAGACUAAAAUCGAUCGAAAAAAAAACACGAUUUCAUUUAUAACUCACCGCCUGUGGUACUUGAGGUGAUAGUUGAAUUGCUUUGG